AUGUCUGACGAAAGAACUUUUAUCGCUAUCAAGCCAGAUGGUGUCCAAAGAGGAUUAAUCAACCAAAUUGUGGGUAGAUUUGAAAACAGAGGUUUCAAAUUAGUUGGUAUCAAGUUGUGUCAACCUACCGAAAAGUUGUUGAGAGAACACUAUGAUGACUUACAAUCAAAGCCAUUUUUCCCGUCUCUCUUAUCUUAUAUGUUAUCAGGUCCAGUUUUAGCUACUGUCUGGGAAGGAAAGGAUGUUGUCAAGCAAGGUAGAGCUAUCUUGGGUGCAACCAACCCAUUGAACUCUGCUCCAGGUACCAUCAGAGGUGACUUCGCCAUCGACAUGGGUAGAAAUGUGUGCCAUGGCUCAGACUCUGUCGAAUCUGCUCAAAAGGAAAUUGCCUUGUGGUUCAAGAAGGAGGAAUUAGUUGAAUACAAGCCUGCUUUAUUCGGCUGGAUCUACGAGUAA